AUGCGCGGCGCGGAGGGAGGGACGCCGACGUGCGCGUACGCGGCGAGACGAGAGACGUGCGGGCUGGGCGCGCGCCGAGCGGCGUUCGACGUCGUCGGCGAUGCGAGGUGCGACGCGAUCGAGGGCGACGCGAUGUGCGCGAUGCGGUCGAACGGGGUCGUGUUCGAGCCGACGUCGACGCGGCGGGCGAUGAUGACGUCUCGAGGGGAAGAGAACGGCGCGAUGGCGCUCAUCGGCGAAGGCGACGGGACGUUUACGAUCGAGAUGCGGAUCGUUCCGGAUUUUACCGCCACGACGCCUGAAGAACGACAGCCGCUUUUAGUUUUCAGUUUGAACGACGAUGAGACGUCGUGGGCGCACACCGGGUGCUUUGAGGGAUAUUACAUGUCGAUUUGGAUUCAAGAUGGAUUUUUGUCGACGAAGAUGCGAGUGACGCAUUCGACGCACCCGUUCGAGUGCUCGUGGGAUGACCACAUGCGUCGAGGGCAUAUGGGCAUACCCAGGCUGUCGCACGGAGAUUUAAAUCACGUCGCGCUCGUGUACGACGCGCAAGGCAUCCGACUCUUCCUGAACGGCACGAAAGCGUUUCCACCCGUGGAUUGGUUCUUCGAGAGCCCGGGGGGCGACGCCGUCUCCACGUGGAACGCGAGCAGAUCUCGCAUUGCCGUCGGCGCGUACGGCGAUGACGCAUUCGCAGGGAUAAUUUAUGGCAUUAACAUAUACGACUACGCCCUGAGCGACGAUGAGUUAGCGAUAUCCGCGAACGCGUCGCUGGAAAAUUCCAAACCGUUCGCGAUUUCGCAAAACGUCACGUGCGAGGAGGACGACUCGGUGGACGCAGAACUCGUCGCAUACGACGCGGACGGCGACGAUGUGUGGUAUCGCAUCACAUCGUUACCGAAACGAGGACAUUUAUAUGACGUUCACGCAAACGGGGACGCGAUCGAAAUCCUUUCUGCGCCUCACUCGCUUGCGAGCGCGUCGGUGCGAUUUGCGCCGGCGCCGAAUGAUUUUUCGAUUGAAGGCAACGCUACGGCGCUCUUUGAUUACGAUUCGUUCGAGUUUGAUGUGAGCGACGGCACCGAAGCUUUUGGUAGCGCGUUUGUCCACAUUCGAGUAACGAACGUGAACGACGCACCGGUAUCCACAGGGUCAAACGUCAUCGCUUAUCGCGGCGUGCCCGCGAUCGUGCGGCUUGUCGUCGAAGACAUCGACGCGACGUGUCCUCAGCGCGCCAUACUAUGCCGCGGUGAUCGUGUGACUUCCGUGCACAUCACUCGAGAGCCAGCACUUGGGAGCCUGUACGCGUGUGAUGAUGUGGAGGGAGCGAAUGCGCUGCGCACCGGCGCGAACGUCACCUCGCCGAAUGCGACGUGCUUGACGUACGUUUCCUUUGCUUUGGGUGAGAGCGAUUCCGUGGCAUACGUCGUUGUCGAUGAGAACGGCGCGCUGAGCGACCAAAGCGAAGUGAUGUUUUUUCUUAAAACGCCGUGCGCGUUGCUCGAUCGCACCCAAACCGUCAGUGAAGACGAAGGCGGGAUCAUUCGAGUCACCGCGGCGUGCGUGGGCGAGUCGUUGUCGUCGCUCGCGUUCUUCGCGACGGUUACGACGGCGCCGAGGUACGGCGAGAUUGUCGGUGACACGGACGCACAGCUCAGUGCGAUGGCGUGUUCAAGCACGCAAAACGCGACAUGCCAGGCUUGGGCGGCGAAUACGUCAUCGUUUACGGCGAUUGGUCACGCGUGCGCGUGCGGCAGCUUUACAUACGUUCCCGAGCGCGACUACUUCAACAUCCCCAGCGUAGAUGUAUAUGGCGUCGAAAUGUCACUCAUGGGUACGAGAGCCGAGAAUUGGAACGUUGGACGGCCUGAUACCCUUCGUAUGUCCCUGAAGACGUCGAACGGUUGGACCACGGAUCCAUACGCGGCGUACGUCUUCGUGCGAAACCGCCCCGACGCGCCGACGAUUCGGAUCGAUCAGAAUCGUCUCAAUCAAAUCGAGCGGAUCACGCCCAACACGACCUCUUUCGUACUAUCCGGAAUCAUAGACAUCGACACUGAUCCGGAUUACGACGCCUACGCGAUGUCGGUGAAGAUGUGGAGCCCAUCCUCGACCGUGCUCGAGGUGCGAGACGCGAGAGCGGCGCGUCUCGCGCCGAUCAUCUCCUCGAACCGACGAAACAGGAUAGAUCUCAUCGGUCCGCCAUCUGAGAUCGCCGCCCUAUUUCGUCAAGCGACCAUCGCAUACGUUCCGCGCGACACAAACACCGCUGCCUUCGAGGACACCGUCAAGCUCCGCGUCGCCGUCGGCGUUCUCCCGACGUCAUCCUGCGAAAACCUCCCCGCCGACGUCAAGUGCUUCUUCCAAACCACCGUCUACGCCCAACCGUGCGCGUCCACAUCUCCGUUAUCCACGCCUUGCCUCAUCGAACGCACGAUUUACGUCCCCGUCGGCGAUUCUCCAUCCCACAUCGCUCGCGUGCUCGAGGCUCGCGUCGAGCGUCGAUCCGUCGCCUCGCGUCGCCGCGCCGUCUUCCUCAUCUGGUUCGUUCUCUCCUUCCUCACCUCCGCCCUCGCGUCGCGACUCAAGCGCGCGUUUUGCACCAUCGCGCGCCCUCGCGCGUCUUCCACCGCUCGCGACGUCCGCCCGCGUUCGCCCGCGUCGCCGUCGCGCCUCGCGUCGCGCGCGUCGCCCGACAUCGAGUAA